AUGGGCAGAUUGUACAAUUCAUUUUACUACAGUCAGAGCAACAACAAGUAUGUGAUGUUGUUUGUGUUUCCCAGCGUGAUUUGGUAUACUCGUUUCCGUGCCGACACCAAGUUAGGAUAUCGCCUUUAUAUUUCACCUACUGCCGGCGGACCCAUUGACUACACGGACAAGAUCGAUAGUGCUGCUAUGCGUAAGCAGGAUGAUGACAGUGGAGAGAUAUCAUCAUCGUAUUUGUUGGAUGCCUUGAACUACGUGGACGAUACUGUGAUGGGUCUGUGGCGUCGUAUAACUGGUUCUAGACCUCUUAUUGAAGGUUUCAAGAAUGGUAAGAAAGUGUACCUUGACGAUUCUGCUACUGUUACUGAUCUUAAGAACGCUGUUUACGGUCAACGCGCUAUCGAGAACAAGGACGUGUUGGUUGGUUGCAAGGGUCGCAUAAUGCAAGAUGACGACAAUUUGGCACUUGCUACUCGUGCGUUUUGCCGUCGCGAUCCUCGUAUCGUUCUUUGGAGGGACUCCUAG